AUGAAUAAAAAUUGUUCGAAUCGCCACACGCCUUUUAAUCACCGAAACAUCUAUACAAAUAAAACUUAUUGUAACAAAAAUGCUCCUUAUUCAGGAAUUUACGAGCCUUCUUGUAGCAUCAUUGAAUAA